UGCUUGCACUCUGCCCAGCUCGGCUUCGCGCCAUGCACGCGCCGGUCCCGUCGGCGCCGUCGGCGCCGGGGUCCGACGCGGCCCCGGAGCGACCGGCGUGGCUGGACGUUCGGAAGUGGAGGUGGCGCGCAGAUGUGCAACUCAUGGGAUUUCAUGUCUAUAUUUUGUUCCAUGGGGAGGGUUCAAAAAGGGAUGCACUGCCAAUGGUUUGUGCAAUGCUGAAGCUGACAAUGGGUGUUCCAACGGUCGUUUGCUUGUUUUCUCUUGCAAACUUCAAGCUUGAGGUGCACGCACAAAAUUGUCACACGGAAAGAACCUUUCUUUCAAAGCCUAUUUUCGGCUCGAUUGGUUCAGCAUCCCGCCGGUUCGUUUUGCCCAGAACCACUGCAAGCAGGCGCAGGGAUGGCGUCAGCUACACCACUUCUGAAGGCUGACAAGGUGGAAGCGCCCAGCACUCCUGGUUGCAAGCUGGGCGUGCUCAGCGAGGGCUACAGUCCAGAUGCCAAGAUUAGCAAAGGAGACCAGCGAGUCAGCAUGGUGCCAGACGUCGCGGAAUCCUUGAUCAAGGACGGCUAUGCCGUCUAUGUGGAGCGAGGCGCAGGGAUCUUUGCAGGCUACUCAGACGAGGCCUUCACGGCCAAAGGCUGCAGCGUCUUGAGCCGUGGCGAGGUCAUUGACAAGAGUGAGGUGCUGUUCUCCUUGGAGCCUCCUGUGGCCGACUUCCAGAUGAUGAACUGCAAGGUCUUGAUCUCCUGGGUGGGCCGAUUGCAGGACAAGGGCAAGGAUGUGAUCAUGAAGGCAAACCAGUACCGCAUCACGGUGGUGGACGUCACGGCGGUGCCACGGAUUACCAUCGCCCAGAAGUUGGAUGUGCUGUCCUCCCAGGCCAAGGUGGCUGGGCACCGCGCGGUCCUGGAGGCAGCACAUUCUUAUCAGCGCUUUCACACUGCCGAGAUGACCGCAGCAGGCAAGUACCCCCCGGCGCAAACCUUCGUGCUGGGCUGUGGUGUGGCCGGGCUCGCAGCCAUUGGCACCUCCAAGGCCAUGGGCUCGGUGGUGCGCGCUUGGGACGUGCGCGACGUCUCGGACCAGGUCCAUUCGAUGGGCGCCAAGUGGGUGGCUGUGGACUUCAAAGAGAGUGGCGAGGGGCAAGGAGGCUAUGCCAAGGAGAGCUCAGACGCCUUCAAGAAAGUCCAGCAGGAGACCUUCAAGAAGGUCCUCAGUGAAGUGGACAUCGCCAUUAGCACGGCGGCAAUUCCUGGGAGGCCCUCACCCUUGCUGAUCACCAAGGACGCGGUCGCUGCUAUGAAGGCUGGGAGUGUCGUCGUGGACUUGGCCGCCAUCGGCGGUGGCAACUGCGAGCUCACGCGGCUCAACGAGACCUACGUCACCGAGAACGGGGUGACCAUCAUCGGCUUUGCCAACCUGCCAGCACGAAUGGCGGAGCAAGCGAGUGCCAUGUAUGCGCAGAACAUGGCCAACCUUUUGCGCCACAUCCACGCCAAAGGAAAAGCUGGCGCCUUCAUCAGCAAUCUCUAUGGCGCCUUGGACCAGGGCGAGGACGGCGACAUCGUGUCACGCUCCAUCGUGUGCUGCAAGAGCGGAAACCCGGUGGCCAUGCCGCCACCGCCACAGCCCACACCCAUCAAGCCCAAGCCGGUGAGCGCGCAGGAGCAGGCCAAGAAGAGUGCAAGCCCCUUCCAAUCAGCUCUGAUCUCCGCCACGGUCUUGACCUUCACGGUGUGCUGCAUGGUGGGACUGGGUGAAGGAGUUUCCACAGCCUUGCUGAGUACCUUCUUGCUGGCGGGUGCUGCGGGAUACCAAGCCGUUUGGGGCGUCGCACAUGCGCUGCACACCCCGCUGAUGUCGGUGACGAACGCCAUCAGUGGCAUGACAGCCAUUGGCGGGCUUCUCCUGCUGGACCGUUCGGACUCCUACUUCGCCCAGCUGUUGGCCCUGGUGGCAAUCUUGGUCUCCGCCGUGAACAUCAUCGGCGGCUUCGUGGUGUCGCAACGGAUGUUGAACCUCUUCAAGAAGGAGGGAGAGAAGGACUACUCCCCCUUCAUGCUCCUGCCUGGCUUGGUGUUCCUCAUCGUGUGCCUCACCAAGCCCGAGCUGCUGAAAGCGGUGAGCAUCGUGUCUGCCCUGCUGUGCAUUGCAGCCAUCGGGGGCCUGGCAACCAUGUCCACCGCGAAUUCGGGAUGCAAGUUUGGUAUGGUGGGCGUCUUUGGCGCCAUGGCCGCGGCCAUGGUGAGCCUCAAUGAGGGCAGCUUCGUCAUUAGUACCAUCCUCCUGAUCGUGGGCGGCGGUGCCGGACUGGUGCUGGGCAUGAAGGUGAGCCCCAUUGCGUUGCCGCAGACCGUGGCCGCCUUCCACUCCUUGGUCGGUCUGGCGGCCAUGUGCACGUCCAUCGGCUCCUUUGUGAACACUCCCGAGGCCGGUGCCUCCAUGGAGAACGUGGCCGCCGUGCUGGGCGACUUUAUUGGUGGCGUCACACUCACCGGCAGUCUCAUUGCCUUCGGCAAGUUGAAUGGCAACUUGGCGUCCAAGCCGCUGGACCUCCCAGGCAAGAACUUCCUGAACUUGGGUGGCCUGUUCCUUUUCAUCUACUUCAUUUACGCGUUCCUGAACUCUCCAGGAGCCGGUGGCGUGUUGAUCCUUUGGCUUGUGGCCAUUUUGGCAUGUGUCAUGGGCGUUCAUUUGGUGGGCUCCGUGGGUGGUGGAGACAUGCCGGUUUGCAUCACCGUGCUGAACUCCUAUUCCGGCUGGGCCUUGGUGGCAGAGGGCUUCUUGCUGAAGAGCCCGGUGCUGACGAUCGUGGGUUCCUUGAUCGGCUUCAGCGGAGCCAUCCUCACCAAGAUCAUGUGCGAUGCCAUGAAUCGAGAUAUCAUGAACGUGCUCUUCGGAGGCCUCAACAGCUCACCGGCAGCUGCGGCCGGUGACACGGGACCCAAGGAGCACGUGGAGACCUCCGUGGCGGCGGUGGCCGAGAUGCUCUGUGCCGCCAAGGAAGUGCUGGUGGUGCCUGGAUAUGGUAUGGCCAUGGCAAGGGCCCAGACCGCGAUGGGCGAGUUGGCAUCCACGUUGAGGGCCAACAACAUCAAGUUGAAGUUUGGAGUCCACCCUGUGGCUGGCCGCAUGCCCGGGCAGAUGAACGUGCUUCUGGCGGAGGCUGGAGUGCCCCAUGAGUGGGUCCUGGAGAUGGACGAAGUGAACCCCGACAUGGAAAGCAACGACGUGGUCUUGGUGGUGGGCGCCAACGACGUGGUGAACUCCGCAGCGCAGGAGAUCGAAGGCUGCGCCAUUUGGGGAAUGCCGGUGAUCGAGGUCUGGCGUUCCAAGAAGGUGAUCUUCUGCAAGCGCUCCAUGGGCGGAGGUUACGCAGAUCUUGACAAUCCGGUCUUCUACAAGGAGAACACUGAGAUGUUGCUGGGCGACGCCAAGAAGACGUCUGACUCCCUGGCAUCGAUGGUGAAAGAACGCCUUGAAAAGGUUUGAGGCCGUUCGUUCGAGCGAUUGCACCACGAGGACCAUGUGGUUCGUGUUUCGCAACAUGGAGCGAGCUAUGGUCGCCAAGAAUGUUGAUGACAGCAUACAUGUGAUGGGAAAAUGCUGCUCAAUAAUUUUUCUGGAGUAUUGAGUUUAGCUGGAUCUGGCCAGAGUGGAAUUUGCAAGAGAAACUCC